AUGAUGACCGCAGGGGUCGGCCCCGUGGACGCCUCCACCCGACGAGGGUGCCGAGCCAGGCGCGAAGGUCAUGAGUCAGAGCGCCACCCUUGGGGACUCUGGAACACUAUCGUGGAGACCAAGAGUGAGCAGAACUCCAACUCCACCAAUGGCAGUUCCAGCUCUGGGGGCAGCUCUCGGCCCCAGAUAGCUCAGAUGUCCCUGUAUGAACGACAGGCUGUGCGGGCUCUGCAGGCACUACAGCGGCAGCCCAAUGCGGCGCAGUACUUCCACCAGUCCAUGCUCCAGCAGCAGCUCAGUGAUGCCCAGCUGCACAGCCUGGCUGCCGUCCAGCAGGCCACCAUCGCUGCCAGUCGGCAGGCCAGCUCCCCAAACACCAGCACCACCCAGCAGCAGGCUACCACCACCCAGGCCUCAAUCAAUCUGGCCACCACGUCGGCUGCACAGCUCAUCAGCCGAUCCCAGAGUGUGAGCUCUCCCAGUGCCACCACCUUGACCCAGUCUGUGCUACUGGGGAACACCACCUCCCCACCCCUCAACCAGUCCCAAGCCCAGAUGUAUCUACGGGUUCAGAACUUGGCAGUGAGGAACCAGCAGACCUCAGCCCAAGGACCCCAGAUGCAAGGCUCCACUCAGAAGGCCAUUCCUCCCGGAGCCUCCCCUGUCUCGAGCCUCUCCCAGGCCUCUAACCAGGCCUUGGCUGUGGCACAGGCCUCGUCUGGGGCCUCAGGCCAGUCCCUCAACCUUAGUCAAGCUGGUGGAGGCAGUGGGAGUAGCAUGCCAGGGUCCUUGGGUCCAGGUGGAGGUGGCCAGGCGCCUGCAGGUUUGGGUCAGUUGCCUUCCUCCGGAGUGGGUGGUGGCAGCUGUCCCAGGAAGGGCACAGGAGUGGUACAGCCCUUACCUGCAGCCCAAACAGUGACUGUGAGCCAAGGCAGCCAGACAGAGGCAGGAAGUGCAGCGGCCAAGAAGGCAGAGGCAGCCGGGAGUGGUCAGCAGAAGGUAGGCAUGAACCUGACACGGACAGCUACACCUGCCCCCAGCCAGACACUUAUUAGUUCAGCCACGUACACGCAGAUCCAGCCCCACUCACUGAUUCAGCAACAGCAGCAGAUCCACCUGUAGCAGAAGCAGGUGGUGAUCCAGCAGCAGAUUGCCAUUCACCACCAGCAGCAGUUCCAGCACCGCCAGUCCCAGCUCCUGCACACAGCGACACACCUCCAGCUGGCCCGGCAGCAACCACAGCAGCAAACCACAACCCUCACUGCCCCCCAGCCUCCACAGUCUGUGCACCUGCCGGGUAAACCUCAGAUGUUGUCUGUUAAACGCAAGGCUGAGUCUGAGGAGGAGAGAGAUGAUGUGCCCACACUGGGUUCAAUACUUCCUGCCAAGGCAUCUCCAGCAGCAGAGAGCCCAAAGAUCAUGGAGGAGAAGAGCAGUCUUGGAGAGAAAGCUGAACCAGUGGCCAAUGUGAAUGCUAACACCCCAAGCAGUGAACUAGUAGCCUUGACCCCUGCCCCAUCAGCACCACCUCCUACGCUUGCCAUGGUCUCCAGACAAAUGGGUGACUCAAAACCCCCACAGGCCAUUGUGAAACCUCAGAUUCUCACGCACAUCAUUGAAGGCUUUGUUAUCCAGGAAGGAGCAGAACCUUUCCCGGUGGGCUGUUCUCAGUCACUGAAGGAGUCUGAGGAGCCGCUGCAGACCGGCCUUCCAGCGGGGCUCAGUGAGAAUCCUUCAAGGGACCCCUUGGCAGGGGACAGCCCCUCUGCUGAGUUGGAGAAGAAGGCGAGCCUCCUGAAGUGCGAGUACUGUGGGAAGUACGCCCCUGCAGAGCAGUCCCGUGGCCCCAAGAGGUUCUGACCCAUGACUUGUGCUAAGAGGUACAAUGUGAGCUGUAGCCACCAGUUCUGGCUGAAGAGGAAAAAAAUGAAAGAGUUGCAAGAAGCCAACUAUGCUCGUGUGCGCCGGCGCAGACCCCGACGCAGCUCCUCUGACGUUGCCCGGGCCAAGAUCCAGGGCAGACGCCACCGGGGUCAAGAGGACUCCAGCCGGGGUUCAGAUAAUUCCAGUUAUGAUGAAGCACUCUCCCCAACACCUCCUGGGCCAUUGUCAGUACGAGCUGGGCAUGGAGAACGUGACCUGGGGAAUCCCAUUACAGCUCCGCCUACACCGGAAUUACGUGGCAUCAACCCUGUGUUCCUGUCCGGAAAUCCCAGCCGUUGGAGUGUAGAGGAGGUGUAUGAGUUCAUUGCUCCUCUCCAAGGUUGCCAAGAGAUUGCAGGGGAAUUUUGCUCCCAGGAGACUGAUGGACAGGCCCUUUUACUACUUAAGGAAGAGCUUCUUAUGAGUGCCAUGAACAUCAAAUUGGGCCCUGCUCUCAAGAUCUGCGCCAAGAUAAACAUCCUUAGGGAGACCUAA